AUGGCCUCACUGGCGGAUUUACCGUCAUGCGCUCUUACGUGUCUGUCGACCGCAAUCGCCAACUCAACAUGCGCCCCGACUGAUCUGGCAUGCACGUGUACCAAUGCGGCCAUUACCGGCCAGGCGACCGUGUGCAUGUUGGGGAGCUGUACGAUGGCGGAGAUAUUGUCUGCCACGAAUGUGACCAACACUCUGUGUGGUGUAAAGUCCGCACUCGACGAGUCAUGGAUCGUGCCGACAAUAGUCCUACUAUGUCUGAUGGUCAUAGUCGUGGGACUGCGCUUCCUUGCUCGUGUCAUAGUGGACAUGCCCUUCUGGUGGGAUGACUGGAUGAACUUUGUCUCCAUGGCAUUCUGCAUCGCUCUCAGUAUUGCCGCCUUCCAAGGCUUGAAAGCCAAUGGCUACGGCAAGGACAUCUGGGCCGUUCCGACAGAAGACAUCUCCGAAUUCUUAAAGAGCUACUAUGUCGCAACGGCCAUGUAUGUGGGCGCAAGGUGUUUCACUCGAGUGUCCAUCAUCCUCUUCUAUCUGCGCAUCUUCACAGUCACAGAGACUCGCCGCAAGAUCAUCUGGACCCUCGUAGGCGAGAUCAUUAUCUCCCUCGCGUUCGUACUCACGAUCAUGUUCCAGUGCACCCCAAUCAGUUACUACUGGACCAAGUGGGACCUACAGCACACUGGCCACUGUAUCGACACUUACCGCUUCAUGCUGAUCGGCUGGUCUAUUCUUAUUGCUACCGAUUUCUGGGUCAUGUGGCUUCCCUUGCCCAUGGUGGCCCGGUUGCAGCUCUCACUGAGGAAGAAACUGUUGAUCUCGGUCAUGUUUGCCACAGGACUCGCAGUUACCGCCAUCGGAAUUGCCAAGCUUCCUAUGGUAUACCGUGCAACGCAUACCACGAAUCCUACCUAUGAUCUGGUCAACAUGGGCAAAUUCUGCAUAAUCGAGGUCGACCUGGGCGUGAUAUGCUCCUGCAUGCCCAGCCUGCCCGUGCUGUUCCGGCCACUCGUCCACCGGCUGACGGGCAAGAACAAGAGCUCCACGGCCAAGGGCACGGGCUACAUCGGUGCCACGUCGCGCCGCGCCGUCAUGGGCGACAUCAAGUCCUCCGCCACCACGAGCGCGGCGAGCUACCCCGUGUCCUCGCCCAACGCCCACCACUCGGCGUACUACGAGCACAUCGACCCCCGCACCGAGCAGAUACAGGCCACCACCACCAUCGAUCAGACGUACUGGCGCAACGACUCGGACGAGCUGCCGCUGCAUGGGACGGACAUAGAGCUCGGGACCGCCAACAACGGGUACGUGAGCUCGCAGGCCUGGGCUGCUGGGCCCGGAGCCGGGUCGUAUGGAGUUGCUAAGCAAGCUCAUCAAUGA